GUCUUGUAUUUGGGAUCAAUUGAUUGAUUGAAGCGAUGUCUUCGGGAGCCGACAGACGUGUCUGUGUUGUGGUGUUGGGAGACAUCGGAAGAAGUCCUCGAAUGCAAUACCACUCUAUCUCUCUCUCCAAUCACUUUGCGGUCGAUUUGAUUGGAUUUGAAGAACCCGCCUUCUCUGCCGACUUUAGCCAUUGUGUGGAUUCCGGUGGUGCGGCCGGUGGUAAAGGAGGCGGUGGAGCGGGUGGUGCAGGCGGUGGUGCGGCCGGUGGUAAAGGAGGCGGUGGAGCGGGCGGUGCAGGCGGUGGUGCGGCCGGAAGUGCUGCCGGAGGGGCCGCCGGUGGCAAAGGUGUCGGUAAAGAUGGAGUGCUGGCUCCGGGAGCGGCGCCCACCGACGCCGUGGCGGACGCGAGUUUCGACAACAAAAAGCUGUUGUAUAUGAAGGGUCUGUUGAAGGCAUCGGUCGAGCGGAUCAACAAAGAGAAGCCAUCGCUGCCCAAAAAUCACCGAUACUUCAGUCGAUAUACCGUUCAAAUGGAUGCAAUCGGUGCGAUCGGAGAGUCAGCGCUCUGUAAAGUAUACAAAGCACAGCACCAGGAGUUCAAAGACAGCACUUUAGCCGUCAAGAUAUACGAAGGCGAACACGGAAUCGAUGCCAACACUUCCCUUUGGCUCAAGAUUUUGCGCACUUUAGGCAAAAAGCAUCCGAACAUCUGUCAGACAUGGGAUGUGUUCAGCGGUGGGCCGAACAAACAGAUACUGAUAUUCCAAGAGUUCGCGAACAAGGGAUCAGUUAUGGCUCAUUUGGAAGACCAUUAUGAAAAUGAGCACCAGAUUGGCCGUUGGUUGUGGCAGUUGUUCAAAGCACUCGACUAUUUGGGUGACAUCGGUGUCAGCCAUCGGUCAAUACAGCCGAAGCACAUCCUAUUGUCGCACAAAAAGCUUAGAGUCAAACUGUCGGGCUUUGAAUUCGCGGCCAUCUAUUGGAAUCCCGAGAAGGAAGACAUCCAAAACAUUGCGUGCCUUCCGCUGGCGAGCAGACCCACAGAUGUGCAGACAUUUCAGGCGCCGGAGAUGUACGGCGAUCCCGCCAAAGAGGAGUUCGACCCAUUGGUGGCCGAUGUCUGGUCUAUCGGCGCCACCGCUUACUAUAUGUUCACAGAGCAAUACCCGUAUGACAUCGCAAACUCCGCAGACAUCGGCCCUCAGAUCCAGAAGAACGUGGACGCCAUCCCAGCCAUCACUCCAGAGGGCAAGAAAUGUCUGUCAGAAAUGCUCAAACCGUUGGCCACUGAACGCAAACACAUCGACAAACUGACGGCCGAUCCGUGGAUGAAGUUUAAAACAUUCAAACAAUGA